AUAUUAUUUUGAAAACCAUCGGAAAGCUUGACUCUGGUCCAAGGCCAAUCACGCGCAUGCGCACUGUCAGAAUCUACAUCAAACAGUCCUAGGCAGGCAUCUUGCGCUGAUCUGCUGCUCUACAAAUAAUCAUCGACUGAUUAACGGCGUCCAUAUUAAAGGUAAUAAAAAGUGAACACGUCGCCAUGGCGUCCGGUGGGUACGUGCAGGCAGCGGUGCUGCUGCUGGCGGUCCAGCUCCUCUGUCUCGGUGCGGCUGAUGCGGAUCAAGACGCCGGGACCGUCAUCCCCGCUGAAAGCCGUCCGUGUGUGGACUGUCAUGCUUUUGAGUUUAUGCAGAGGGCACUGCAAGAUCUAAAGAAAACUGCCUUCAACCUUGAUGCCAGGACAGAGACGUUGGUGCUGAGGGCGGAGAGGAGGGCUCUGUGUGACUGCAUGCCCACCAACUCACUGGGCUGAGGACCCUGUCAACACAGCGAAAACCCAAACCACCACUGACAUACAGCGACUCUCAUUUCACACAACAGGCACUUUAUUUUAAUUUUGGUUGUACAGUAUAUGUUGUGUGAUAAUUUGAUUGAAAAUUUCAUGUCACUUUUAUUGUUUUGCCUUAUUUGGGGUGAAUUUUUUACAACAGCUGUAUGAUUUCUUCAUGAAGAGAUUUGGGUCCACUCUCAUCUGUGUCGUAUGAAACAACCUCCUUUUGUACUUUUUAGUAUAAGACUGUAUAAUAUAGAUACAGUAGGAUGCAUCUGUAAAUUUACUUGUUGAAUGUGUUUUAUGAGAUUAAUGUUUACGGCAAUUAUACACAUUAAACUGUAGCAUCACAUGGAAUUUAUUUAAAUGCUCAAAGUAUUUAGAUAAUUUAAAUUCGUAAAUUAAUUGAUUUGCAGCCUGGCUUCUUUUGCAAAUAAAAAACACAAGGUUGGAACACGUAUUGAAGAAAGUUAUUUUUAUUUGUAAUACUGACUGUUUUUUGUAAAGGUCAGCAGAAAGAAAUGUGAAAUUUUACCAACAAUAUUUUUAGACUUUUUCAAGGCAUAAAAAACAGGCAUACUUGUAAGUCUUGACUUAGCACAGCACUGUAGCAUGACUUCACAGCACUUUCUGUUAACUUAGAUUGUAUGUAUAGAUUCUGUAUAUGUACACGGGUAAAUGUUAUGGAGCUGUCUAUAGACGUCUUCUCUAUGUAACUAAGUGUAUGCAAGAGAUGCGAGGAACAAGGUGUCGAAUGAGCUGCAAUAUGAGCAGGUGAAGGGAGGCGAGCGCGGUGGGGGACGGAGGUAGAACUAAUAAUCAUCAUAUUGUUGCUUGUUCACAAACAGUAUGUCACAGGAAGCCUCAUUUAUUGUCGUAAUGUUGUAUCUACUAAUAAAAACACUAAAGGAU